AUGAGCCCAAGGGAGUUCAAGCUCGGUAGUGAAUCCCGACUAUUCCAAGCCCAAAUCCUCGACGAUGGCUUCAAGCAUUCUCUCAUCGUCUACCGCGACCUUGUCACCCAAGGUCUUCGUCUCCAAGCUUCAGUGUGGGAUGGCGAACUCAAGAAUUGUCCAGUGUGGACCGCCUUCGUCACCCACCAAUCCGCCUCUCCAACCUGGCUCGUACGCAAAUCAGAUCACCGCAUCUGGCUUAAAGACGUCCAGCUUUACGUCUUUUGCCAACAGUACCAUCAGCAGAACCAGAGAAAAGGCACCUCGGCCGGCGUCUUUGAGAUCGACUUUGUCUCCGAGAUGGGCGCGUCACGGUUCAUUGAGGAGUUGCAGCCGCAGACGGAUCCCUCUGAGGCAUCUACAGACACCAUGGAAGCCAUCGAGGACUCGAAAUAA